AUGGAAGGCGAUGCGAGGACUGGUUCGAUAAUUGUCCUCGACUCGCAUCCAGCUAUCAACGUAACAAAAGUAGCCCAAAAAUUAUUGGAAAAGGAUUUGCAACACUUCCUAAUCCUUAAUCAUUCUAAUCAGAAUUUCACGAUCGGUGUACUUCUAGGAUUUUACAGCACACCAUGUUGGAGUGGGGUUCUUCCUGACUAA